AUGAGCAGGCUUCCCGGGUCUGAGGACCGUGAUGAUGAGCGCGCAGGUGAGAGUGGCGGGAGCGACGACGACGAGAGCGGCGAGGAGAGCAACCAGUCACAGGAGAUCCCGCAAGGCACUUUCCAGGUGGAGGACGUGGUGGCGGUACGCAACCGCGGAGAUGCGCGCAAGUACUACAUCAAGUGGGAGGGCUGGGCGGCAAAGCACAACACGUGGGAGCCGGUGGCGAACUUGCCCGAGGAGUUGGUGAAGGAGUUCGAGGAGGAGCGUGCGGGCUACAUGGAGGACACCUCGUGCGACGAGUCCGAGGACGAGGGCGAGGACGAGAGCGACGGCGAGGCGCCCUCCGCACCCGCACCCGCGCCCGCACCCGCACCCGCACCCGCACGCGCUGUCGGCGGCCAGAGGCCGAGUUACGGCUGCAGGCAAAAGUCGCUCGCUGCCGUCUGA